AUGUCAACAUGGCAGGGCCGACCUUCCGUCAAGGGCUCUACGGAGACGAUGCGGAUGGCCCUGUUAACCUUCUCGCUCGUUGGAUUACAAUUUACUUGGGGUAUUGAAAUGACUUAUUGCACACCAUACCUUCUCUCCCUUGGGCUCACAAAGUCGAAAACCUCCCUCGUCUGGAUCGCAGGACCGAUUUCCGGGUUGAUAAUGCAACCCAUCGUGGGGGUGAUAGCAGAUCAGUCGAAAUCGAAAUAUGGCAGACGGAGACCGUUCAUGGUCGUAGGGUCAUUUGUAGUAGGGGCUUGUCUGAUGGUAUUGGGGUGGACGAAGGAGAUCGUGGCACAUUUUGUGAAGGAAGGGGACUUCAGAAAGGAGUGUACAGUCACAUUGGCUGUUUUCUCGAUUUAUGCGAUUGACUUUGCUAUCAAUGCUGUUCAAGGGAGUUGCAGGAGUUUGAUUGCAGACACACUUCCUGCUCCAAAACAGCAAGCAGGGAGUGCUUGGGCCAGCAGAAUGGUUGCUAUUGGCCAUCUCGUAGGCUAUAUAAUUGGAACCGUUGACCUUGUUGGGAUUUUUGGUCCUUCAUACGGAGAUACCCAAUUCAAGAAGCUGAUAUUGCUAGCUGCAUUUGCAUUGGUAUUCACAGUUGCUGUCACAUCAUGGGCUGUCACGGAGAAAGUCUUGGUAUCAGGAAGAGACGACCAUGCCCCGUCCAAAGGUUUGACUCAAAUUGUCAGCCAUAUCUUCAAAGCAGCGACCACCCUACCCCCUCGGAUCCAAGCCAUAUGCAACAUCCAGCUGUGGUCUGGAAUUGGAUGGUUCCCAUUCAUGUUCUACAGCACGACCUUUGUUGGCGAGAUAUACUUCAGAUAUGAUGCUCCGCGGGACUUCAAACAGUCCAAAGACGCCCUUGGAGAGAUUGGCCGGAUAGGCAGCUUCUCACUUGUGCUUUUCUCCCUCGUCACAUUCAUAGGGGCACUUGUCAUUCCACUAUUCGUCAAGUCGCCCGAUGAAGAGUCCUUCACUGCCAGACCUCCAGCAGCUAUUGCAAAUGUCGUCACAAAAGUCAACAAAUACAAGCCAGAUCUUCUCACAGCUUGGAUCUACGGCCACCUCCUCUUCAGCAGCGCCAUGAUCCUCGCCCCAAUGGCACACUCCUUCCGCUUCGCUACUUUUCUCGUCACUUUAUGCGGAGUACCUUGGGUAUUUGCUUCCUGGGCACCUAACACAUUCAUGGGAAUCGAAGUCAACCGCCUGAGCAACAGUCCCUCACGACGCCUCUCGUCAUCCUCACCUAUCGAACUCGCCGCCUUAGAGAAAGGCGGCUCCUCACCCGACGCAGCUUCUUCUGGUGAGCUCUCAGGUCUUUACUUCGGCAUUCUCAACAUAUACGCUGUGAUACCACAAUUCAUCAGUACGUUCAUCAGCAUGAUUGUCUUCAGCAUUCUAGAGCCGGGCAAGAGUCCGGAGUUGGCGCAUGAUGCGGAUCCCAGCGAGCACCACAGCACGGAUGGCCCGAACGCGAUUGCGGUUUGCUUGUUCAUUGGUGCCAUUAGCACCGUCGGUGCGGCGUUUGCUACCAAGAGAUUGAGAGCAUUACAUAGAGGGGGGUAUGAGAAGCUGUAA